CAGAAGCCCAGUGCAGAGUCCCCUACAACCAGCCCGCUAUCAAUGAAGAGUGAUCAGCCACCUGCUUUCAGCCAGGAACCACUACCAGAUGACAAUAAGGAAGUGGAGACUUUGGACAGUGAGGAUGCAUUAAAGAUCACACACAACCUUCUGGACAGAAGAAGUCAAACUCUGCUGACAGUCCAACAAGACAUUAAGGCUAAACUGAAACACAAGUAUCAACACAUAUCUGAAGGAAUUGGACACCAUGGAAACCAAAGUCUGUUAAAGGACAUCUACACAGAGCUCUACAUCACAGAGGGUGGAAGUGGAGGGUUCAAUAAUGAACAUGAGGUUAGACAGAUAGAGAUGGCAUCCAAGAAACAAACCACACAAGAGACGCCAAUCAAAUGCAACGACAUCUUCAAGCCUUUACCUGAACAAGACAAACCUAUCAGAACUGUGCUGACAAAAGGAAUCGCUGGCAUUGGAAAAACAGUCUCUGUGCAGAAGGUCAUCCUUGACUGGGCAGAGGGAAAAGCAAAUCAGGACGUUCAUUUCAUGUUUCCUCUUCCUUUCCGUGAUCUGAACCUGAAAAAGGACCAAUACAAUCUGAUGCAACUUCUUUCCCACUACUUCCCAGAGCUGAAAGAGAUUGACAGCAUUGAAGAUGGUGAAACCAAAACUGUUUUCAUUUUUGAUGGUCUGGAUGAGUGUCGACUUCCUCUAGACUUUAAAAACAAUGAGAAGUGCUGUGAUGUCACGAAGCCAACCUCAGUGGACGUGCUGCUGACAAACCUCCUCGAGGGGAAUCUGCUUCCCCUCUGCUCUCGCCUGGAUAACCUCACGGCCUGCAGCAGCCAAUCAGAUCCCUCCUGAGUGUGUUGACCAGGUGACAGAGGUACGAGGGUUCAAUGAUCCACAGAAAGAGGAGUACUUCAGGAAGAAAAUCACAGAUCAGAAUCUGGCCAAUGAAAUCAUCAAACACAUGAAGACAUCAAGGA